AUGUCCAAACUGACCAAAGAAGCAAUGCAGGCAGCACUACAUGUCAUCAAAUAUUUGAACCAAACACAAAACAAAGUACUGCAAAUUGGUGAUCAACAGCUGGAUGGAAACAUCAUUGAGACCUACACCAAUGCAAACUGGGCAUCUGACCCCAAUAUGGACCAAAAAAGCACCUCAGGAUUGAUUGUCAAGUUAUUUGGCAGUGUCAUUACCUGGAAUUCACACAUCCAGAAAUGUGUCACUAGUUCCACAGUUGAGGCCAAGUACAUUGCAGCUUCUGCCACCAUCAGGGAGGCAUUAUUCCACAAGCACCUCCUCCAUAGUCUUGGAUUUGGUGAUCACACACCAAUUGUGUUCACCAACAACACCAGUUGCAUUCAAGUAGUGAAGGAUCCAGCUAUGCAUUCCAAGCUCAAGCAUGUCAACACUAAAUAUGAUCUCAUUUGCAAUCAUGUGCAAGUGGGUGAUAUCUCUACCAGGUAUGUUAAGACAGGCAAAAAUAUAGCCAACUUCCUAACCAAACUGGUUCCUCAAGAACUCUUGGCCUGGACACAAAAGCAAUUGGGAAUGAUUGACAUGGGACAUCUCAGUUGCUUGAUUGGCAAGGGGCACAGUUGA